AUGUUUCCAGUUUUUGAUCUAGCCAGAAGAUCCAUGGGUUUCUCAGAGUGUAUCAUGGAGUGGAGUAAGGAUCCCAUCAGUAUGAAUUGGAUGAUCAAAGUUCGCUUGACGCAGGAGGACUACCAAGAAGGCGAUAUAGAGAUAAGGAUUCGAAAUAAUACCUUAGUGGUUAUCGCUAAGAAGGUGGUUGAAGGUGGUAGCAGUGGUGGAUCGACGCAAAGCUCUUCAAGGGCGGUCCAUUCAAAUAAAAAGGUGGUUUCACUUCCAGAGGGAUUACGACCUAUUAAAAAAAUUGAAAGGACUCUGGACAACGGUACCCUGUUGGUAACUUUAAUGGAAAAUGAAUGA